UGACCUUUAAAGUUGACAAGAGUGUUCUGUCUCUCCUUUACAGAUAUAGUUUUUCUUCUGAUCUCUGGUCGAUGGAUUUAUCACUGACAACACAACAAUAUUUUAGCUAGAUAAUCGAGUGAAGCAUGGGUGACUGGAGCUUUCUAGGGCGGCUGCUGGAGAAUGCUCAAGAACACUCCACUGUGAUUGGAAAGGUGUGGCUGACCGUCCUCUUUAUCUUCCGCAUCUUGGUGCUGGGCGCAGCAGCUGAAGAGGUUUGGGGUGACGAGCAGUCUGACUUUACUUGUAACACGCAGCAGCCCGGUUGCGAGAACGUCUGCUACGACGAGGCUUUCCCAAUCUCCCACAUCCGCUUCUGGGUGCUGCAGAUCAUCUUCGUCUCCACGCCCACCCUCAUCUACCUGGGCCAUGUGCUGCACAUUGUCCGCAUGGAGGAGAAGAGGAGGGAGAGGGAGGAGGAGCUCAGAAAGGCCGGACGGCACCAGGAGGACCACGACCCUCUCUAUCACAACGGGGUCGGGGAUGGAGGAGGAGGUGGUGGUGGGAAAAAGGAGAAGCCUCCAAUUCGUGAUGAGCACGGGAAGAUCCGGAUCCGCGGGGCGUUACUGAGGACCUACAUCUUCAACAUCAUCUUCAAGACUCUGUUUGAGGUGGGCUUCAUCCUGGGACAGUACUUCCUCUAUGGCUUCCACCUGAGGCCGCUCUAUAAAUGCGGCCGCUGGCCCUGCCCCAAUACUGUGGACUGCUUCAUCUCCAGGCCCACUGAAAAGACAAUCUUCAUCAUCUUCAUGCUGGUGGUUGCCUGUGUUUCGCUGGCCCUCAACCUGCUGGAGAUCUACCACCUGGGCUGGAAGAAGGUCAAGCAGGGGGUCACCAAUGAGUUUGUACCUGACAGCGAGUCGCUGAUGCUGGGCAGAGACGAGCCUGGAGAUGCAGAGACGAUCCCUGAGCAGACCUCUCAGUCAGUGCUCGACUGUUUGCCAGCGUACGCCAGCGUGAAUGUCGUGGGGGCUGGAGCAGCGUUGGGAGGAGCCUACAGUCCAACUGAAGCCUCCCCUGCAGUGAUCCCCGUAAGCCCAAACACCACCAGACUGAAGAUGGACAGCACAGCGUUCCACCCAGAUGACUUCCUGUUGGAGGCCCUGCCCAGUUCUUAUUAUGGUGACAGAGUGCGUGUCGGGAGCCACGGGCAGCUGAGGGCAAUGGAGCAGAACUGGAACAACAUGGCACUGGAGCUCAACAACGUGGAUGGGAAAAACUCAUCUUCCUCCUCCUACCCUCCUCCUCUUCCCUCUCCUCCCACCUCCGCCUCCUCCUCCCCUCAUGAGGAGGCCACCCCACCACUUCCACAAGGGGAGCAACACUCCAUGUUUCCUACACUCCCUCGUCACACCCCUCUUUCCCCGAUCGCACCAGAGGAGACAUCAGUGAAUGAGAACACAUCACCUUGUAUGGUUCCACAUGACGACUUCACCGUGGUUACCAAGGCGGAGAUGCAUAAGCCUCCUGCUGCUGCGAGAGACAUCCGGAAGCCAAGUCGGGCCAGCAAGAGCAGCGGCGUCCGAGCUCGCCCCGAUGACCUGGCAGUGUAGCUAAAACACACAC